CUUCCUGGUGCAGUGUUGUUCUGGCUUGGUCACCGACAUCACUAACGGACAAUACGACAGCCUGGACUGAGACUUUUGCUAGCUUCUCAUAUAGCGCUUUCUGCCCACAUCGUGUUCACAUUCACUCUUCACGAUGCCUUCGUUCACCACCUCACCCGCUUCGGCGGCCAAGCUGCUCGCCCUUCUCUCAUGCCUGGUGGUCCCCAUCUCGGCCCGGACGACUGGCAAGUUCAGCUUCUUGACGUACAACGUCGCCGGCCUUCCGGCCUUCCUCUCCGGCAACGGCGUCCCCGGCGACAAGGGCACCAACGCCAACUCGAUCGGCCGCCUCUUUGCCGAGUACGACUACGACAUCAUCCACGUGCAGGAGGACUUUGCGUACCACGCCUACAUCUACGCGACCGACGACCACCCGUACCGCACGCCGACCACGGGCACCGUCCCCUGGGGCUCCGGGCUCAACUCGCUCCUCAACUUCCCCUACACCACCUUGAACCGCGUCAAGUGGGACAAGUGCGACCUCAACGAGGCCGACUGCCUGACUCCUAAAGGCUUCACCAUGAUGCGCACGCAGAUUGCCAGCGGCGUCGAAGUCGAUUUAUACAAUCUGCACGCGGAUGCUGGCGGCAACAGCGGCGACUUUGCGGCCCGCUCCGCGGGCAUCGACCAGAUCCUCGUCUACAUCAACGCCAACUCGGCCGGCCGGGCCGUCAUCAUCGCCGGAGACACAAACGACCGGUACACCAACUCGGGCCGGAGCAUCACCAAGCUCCGGGACGCGGGCUUCAAGGACUCGUGGGUAGAGCGCAUUAAGGGCGGCGUGUACCCGACCGAGGGAGCCGCGGCUAACCCCUGCCCCGUCCCCGCCCCGAACAACGCGUGCGAGAUUGUCGACAAGAUCCUGUACCGCUCCGGCACCACCGUCAAGCUCGACACCACGGCCUUUGACUACGAGGGCGACAUCUUCCUCCAGGCCGACGGCAACAGGCUGUCUGACCACAACCCCGUGCGCGUCGAGUUCACCUACUCUGCUUAGGCGCCUUUACAUUUUCAGCCAUGCCACUCCCCUCCCCGUCCAGCACCACUCACUAGCCCUCGCCCGUAGCAAUUUUGUGGAUGGCGAGACGCGAA